CGGGGAUGAGAUCCGAGGUUCCUCAACAAAAGUGAACAUGACCUCCCAGGACACGACCGACGGCACUCAAGCUGAGAAACUCAAAAAACGCAAAACUCCAACAGCCCAGAUCAAAUAUGACGAUUGGCAUACCCACCGCAUGGAUUGGGUACAUGGCGAGUCAUCCUGGUUCGUGGACGGCGAGCAUUUCCUUGAUAAGAAAUAUGGUGUUCCAACCGUUGCUUCCAGCUUUAUUAUGAAUUUGUGGUCUGAUGGUGGUGUCUGGUCCGGAAACAUGACAAAGGGAAAGUCUGCUUAUGCGGAGAUUGAAUUCGUAGAGAUGGCGUUCAACACUACCGGGGAUGACCGCGGCUCCGCGAACAGCAAAGUGAGGAGGGCUACAAGGAAUAAGUGUGAUAGGAUCUGUGUGAUCGAUGAUGUGGCUGUCGUUGGAACACCAGAAGGUGCAAAGGGUGGGGCUUUCAAGAAGGCCGUCAAUCCAUGGUCUUUGGGUGUGGCUAUGUUGGUCGCCGGCGUAUUGUCCUUUUAGGACGAGACUGCGGGUACACCGUUGACCAUUGCAUUAGUACCCGCUCACCGGUUGGCUGGCCGGUAUCAUAAGUUGGCGUUAGUGAGAUAUCUUGAUGUAUAUUGGGGUGAAGCCCUUUAGUCUAGAAUAAUGAUAUGAUAUGAUAUCCCU